AUGUCGAGUGAGCAAGUGGCCGAGGCGGCGCCCAGGUGUGCUCGCCGCAGCCGCACGGCCUUUACCCCCGACCAGUUGGGGAUGUUGAAAGCUGUUUUCGAAACGACCCCCUGUCCUGACUGGGAGAAGAUACAAGAGUUAUCAGCAAAGCUAUGUUUGGAUGAGUGCGUGAUCAAGACUUGGUUUAAAAACCAGCGCACCAAGAAAAGCAAACAACAGCGAAUGGGUCAGCAGUGCCACCUCAGGGAGUUGCCACCACUGCCCGGCUCAGAGCUCAGCACGCCCUCGCAGGAAGAUCAUGACCGUAGGAGCUCCCAGGCGCAGGGCCCCGAGACUGCUGAGGACCCGCUGCCCGCCGAUCUGCACAACAUCCAUCUGGACUCCUGUACAGCCUGGGCUUCACUGCCCCAUGACGUCGUGGAACUCGUUCGGAUGUACCACUUGUUCGAUGACGAUGAGCCUGACGACUAG